AUGGGCGGGAAAUGGGGCGCGAUCUCGAAGCUGCACGCGUUUCCCAAAGCCGAGGACCACCUCACGCAGAAGACGCUGUACUUCCAGGGCAGUGUGCCGCGCACGUGCUCCCCAACCAAGCCCAAGGCGGAGGACCACCUCGCGCAGAAGACGGUGUCGGGCGCCAUCGGUACGCAACGCAGGCAGUGUGCCACGCACUUGUUCCCCAAGGCGGAGGACCGCCUCUUUGACAAGACGCUGUCGGUAUUUCAAGGGCAGCUGUGGCGACUGACGGCGUUCCCCAAGGCGGAGGGCCGCCUCUUUGAGAAGACGCUGCCGGUACGCACCGAGACGUCCUCGUUACCCCCAUUGACUCUCCUGGGAGUGGCGAUCAUGGUGGUGCUGUUUGCACACGAGCUCUCCUUUGUGCUGACGCCUGAGGUGCAUGAGGAGAUGGCAGUGGACAAGACGCCAAGGGAUGAGAAGCUAGACGUCUAUCUCAACAUCUCCUUCCCCUCGCUGCCCUGCAAUGGUGAGCUCACCGGCAUCCCCCGCCCGCCUCCUUUUCCACCCACCUACCUGUCCUCGUCCCUCUCUCUCUCACCUCCACCGUUCGCGUUUCCGGUGCAUGCCGUCAUCGUGAAUUAUCUCAAUCUCGAUGCUCUGGACAUGUCGGGCAACCAUGAGGUGGACAUCGCAACCAACAUGUACAAGCUCACUCCUACCCUCCCGUCGAACCUCCCGUCCCCUCCCCUCCCUCCCCAUCCCUUCUCCCUUCUCUUCCUCCUCUUCCUCCUCUUCCUCCACUUCCUCCUCUCCCCCCUCUCCCUCCUCUCUCUCCUCUCCCUCCUCUCUCUCCUCUCCCUCCUCUCCUUCCUCUCAGGUCCUUUCGACCUGCCUGGACCGCCAUGGCCAGAUGGCUCGUUCAUUGUGCCUCAAGACCCCCCUCCACCGCCCUCUCUUCCCCAUCCCCUCCCCUCCCUCUCCGCCCUGCCGCCCAUCCGAUCCGUCUGGACCGCCAUGGCCGGUUGGCAGACUCGCGGUGGCUCAAGGACCCCCUCCCCUUCCCCCCCUUCCCCCCCCCCCCCUCCCCCCCCCCCUUCUUCUGUCUCCCCCUCCUUCCUCCCCCCCCCCCCCUUCCCCCUCCCUUCUCUCACCCCCUUCUCCCCCAUCAGAUCCGUCUGGACCGCCAUGGCACACGCGGCAGGGGGACAUAAGGGGAAGGCGGGGGAGGAGGGUGAAGAGGAGGAGGAGGAGGGGGACGAGGUGGUGGGGCUGGAGCAGAUGGUGCUGGACGUGCAGAAGGCCAUGGCUGCUGGGGAAGGGUGCCAGCUGUACGGCCAUCUGUCAGUGGAGAGGGUGGCGGGCAACUUCCAUGUAUCGGUGCACGGCCAGUCUUACCUCGUGCUGCAGCAGGUGUUCUCAUCAGUGGGCGAUGUGAACGUGUCUCACGUCAUCCACUCCCUCGGUUUCGGAGUGCCCUAUCCCGGCCGCCUCAACCCUCUGGACGGAUUUGUCCGCAUCCUGCCGCCUCUCAAGGAAGGGGAGGACCCUGCCAGAUCCAGUGGCACUUUCAAGUACUUCCUCAAGGUGGUGCCGACGCGCUUCCGCUUCUGGCACGGGGGGACAGUGAAGACGAACCAGUACUCCAUCAGUGAAUACUUCACUCCCUCCUCGCCACAGUCCAACGCCCUGCCAGCGGUCUACUUCCUGUAUGACCUCUCACCCAUAGCAGUGAGCAUCACGGAGUCGCAUCGCAGCUUCUUCCACUUCCUCACUCGCCUCUGCGCUGUGCUGGGCGGCACCUUCGCCCUCACAGGCAUGUUAGAUCGCUGGGUGUACAGCCUGCUGCAGCUCAUCAACCGCCCUCGCCAUGCCUAUGGGAAAGCUACUCGCCUGCACUAG